AUGGGCAACCGGUCUGGCUGCUGCGGGCCCGACAGGCGGCCUGAGCCCGUCACGGUCAACAUUUACGACCUGCACGGCACUGGCAGCGCACUCUUUAAGAACAUGAACGUGCUCCUCCGCGCCGCGGGCACUGGCGCGUUCCACGCUGGCGUGGAGGUGUUCGGCCAGGAGUGGAGCUUCGGGUACCGCGAAAGCAGCAGGAGCGGAGUGUAUUGCACCGCCCCGCGGGAGAGCGAACUCCACUCCUACCGCGAGUCGAUAUUCAUGGGCGAGACGCGCCUCGGGCGGCACGAGGUCGAGAGGCUCAUACAGAUGAUGUCCACCCGGUGGAAAGGCGACACCUAUGACAUGCUGAGCCGGAACUGCUGCCACUUCUGCGACGAGCUGUGCAUGAAGCUUGAUGUCGACCCCCUGCCGGACUGGCUCAACAGCCUCGCAGCCGUUGGCGCCGCCUUAGGCGGCGCGCAGGAGCGCGAGGCCUUCGAGACCAACCGGGCCCUCGGGCGGAGGCGCGCCUUGAGUGGCGAGCCAGCUCCCGACGCCCGCUCGGCGACGGAGAAGACCCCAAGAGCACGCCGAGCAGAGCCGGUGUCGAGCGGGCCGCUGGCGGAGGAGCGCGAGGCCUUCGAGGCCAACCGGGCCCUCGGGCGGAGGCGCGCCUUGAGUGGCGAGCCAGCUCCCGACGCCCGCUCGGCGACGGAGAAGACCCCAAGAGCACGCCGAGCAGAGCUGGUGUCGAGCGGGCCGCUGGCGGAGGACAGCAGGACUCCCAAGAAUCGCCCCUCCGCCGACGAGGCGCACAUUACACCAAGAUCGGCGGCGGUGCAGGGACGCGUUACAUCAAGAUCGUUACCCAAGUCAGCACGUUCGAGUAAGGACGCCCAAGUCGCCCAGAAGGACCCGUGGCUUCAGCGUGACCUUCUUGACCCAGAUGUGUUUAAAGAUCACUGGAGACUCCAGGCAGCAAAGUGGUGUUUCUCUAUCGAGCAGGGCCGCGACUGGGCCGAGACGGAGGGCGCGAAGCUGCGCUCUAUGCUGAGGCACAUGUACGACCCAGUCCGCCGCGAGGCCAGUGGCCGCACACCGCCAGCGCGGCUUGCGAAGUUGCGAAUGAUACAAGGCAGCGAAGACAAAGACAAAGGCGGCAAAGACAGAGGCAGCAGCAAAGGCAGCAUCAAAGACAAAGACGGCGGCGGCAAGGACAAAGGCAGCGAAAGCGGCAGCGACGACAAGGGCAGCAAAGACAAAGGCAGCGAAGGCAACAAAGACAAGGGCAGCAUCAAAGAAAAAGACGGCGGCAAAGACAAAGGCAGCGAAGGCAGCAAAGACAAAGGCGGCAAAGACAAAGGCAGGGAAGGCAGCAAAGACAAGGGCAGCAAAAGGCAGCGCGAGGACUCCGAUGGUGAAAUUGUGGAGCUAGUCGAGCUGACUGUCAUGGAGUGGAGGUCCCGUGGCAGCGUAGGCAGGGCGGCGUCGAGCGCCACCACGUACCAGCGCGUCACGCUCUUCGAGGGCAAUAGGGGCGAGGACGCCGUCGUCGUCGACGAACGGAAGCUGAGCGGCGCAAACAAUGGCAACAGGAUCGGGGUGGCGCUCAACAUCAACGGCCAGCAGAAGGUGUCGGUGAGCUACGCCGCCGUCGCAUCGAUCAAGCAGGAGAAGCUGCAGGACUGGUUCAUAGGGAUCGCGAAGCGCUUCGUAGCUGGCAGCAUCGGCGACGUCGACGAGCUGCGGACGGAGAGGAAAGCGCUC